AUGAGCGCAAUUCGUGGAGCAUUCCACACAUCGCAACCGAGAGUGCUUCAAUUCACUUUCAAUCACUCCCAUCGCCAGCGCGUUCCACAUGUCGUCGAUGCACCACAUUGGGACUACAUUGGGACCACAUUGGACCACGUUAGACCUGUGGCUACAACAAUGAUGAUGACGAUGAUGUAUCCACUGGCAAUGGAAUGGUGGAGGACGCCCCAUGGCGGUGAAUCCCUUUUGCAGCAUCACCUCCUCCUACUCCUCUUAGCCAUUGCCUUAUCCACCGCCCAGGCUGUGCUCUCUCCGCCUGGUUACAAUGACGACGACACCUCACCACUGCCCCUGCGUCUGGAGGAUCUGGAACGUGAGCAGGAGCAGCAUCAGCAUCUGGACCUCAAUCGACCGCCUCUCUUGCCCAACCACUACGAAUGGCGACCGGAUGUGGCAGCCAGUCUCCCGCCCAGUUAUCUCCAAGAUGCUGCCCAUCGAGAGCGAGAGCGGGAAAGGGAUUUGGAGCGUCUCCAGCAACUGGAGGAACUGCGUCAACUCCAGAGACAACAUCAACAGCUGAGCGCUGGCUAUGCAUUUCCCUCGCACCUGCCAGGUGUGCUCUAUGUAGGACCCACGGCAGCCACGCCCACACCCACAACAACAACACCUACUGCUGCUGCUGUUGCUGCCACACGAUUCCUUAAACCCAUAGUGCCCUAUGACCUGGAAUUGGGUCUUAAUGGUGUCCAAUAUGUGGCCAGUAAUGCUUUGCCUUUGCCUGUGCCAAGACCUCUGCCACCGCCCAAUGGAAGACCACCUUUUAGUUAUGGAUUUACCCAGGGACAAACUAGACCCCAGAAGUCUUUUGGACCACCUCAAUCCAAGCAAUUUGCUUUUGCACCACGUCAUUAUGCCAAUGGACCCAGGAUUCCUUUGCCUUAUCCACCCAGCUUUGUGAGCAUUACAACAAGGCCACCACCUGGUUAUAGAUCGAAACCCUUCCGGCCAUCCCAACCAGAUCCCACACCAGAUCUAUUUGCGGGACGUAACUCCAAGUCACUGUUGGACUCGUACAUACCCAGUUGGGAAGUGUUGCGUCUAAUCAGAGAGCAAAGCUCUCGAAGAGGAGAAUUUAAUCCCAUUCAGCGUCAAACUCUGGCUUAUGCAGCGCCACAGCAUCUAAGGUUAUACAAAAGAGAUUCCUUGGAUUCAAAUCGUAUGAGAAUUGUGAAGAAAUCAUUGCCAGGAGAGCCAGGGAAAGCCAAGGAGUAA